AUGCUCUUCAUCGCCGCCUUUGUCGCGAACUUGUUCAGCAUUUCAACAACCACUCUCCACGCCCAAGACCGAUCGCCGAAACAAAACACUAUCGACGGUGUCUCCCACGAAACACGAACUAUGUCGUCUUCCAACUACGUCUCCACCGGCCAAGCGCGCUACCUACGGGCAUGCAUGGUCUGCUCUAUUGUCAUGACCUACGCCCGCUUCCGCGACGAAGGCUGCCCUAACUGCGAGGAAUUCCUACAUCUUCAGCACUCGCAAGACCAGAUCGAGAGCUGCACCUCCCAAGUCUUUGAGGGAGUUAUCACCCUCGCAAACCCGGCCAAAUCAUGGAUCGCAAAGUACCAGCGCCUCGACAACUAUGUACCUGGCAUGUACGCCAUCAAAGUGUCGGGUCAACUCCCCGAUGAAAUUCGAUCGACGCUGGAAGACGAGUAUAGAAUACAGUACAUUCCACGUGACGGCACAGAGGCGGAGAACGAUGCUUAG